UUAAGAAGAGAGCCCGGAAUGACUGAGCUGCAACAUUCAGAGGCAGAGAGAAGCUCGAGUUCGACCUCGUUGCCGACGUUAUCACCGUCGUCACCGACCGAAACGAUGGCUUCGGAUGGUAAUAAAAAAACGAAGAGAAUGAGGGAAUCGAACAAGCACACCGUUUACCGCGGUGUCCGAAUGAGGAACUGGGGCAAAUGGGUGUCCGAAAUCCGGGAACCACGUAAAAAGUCCCGCAUUUGGCUCGGCACAUUCCCUACGCCGGAAAUGGCGGCUCGUGCACACGACGUGGCCGCUUUAAGCAUCAAGGGCAACUCGGCUAUACUUAACUUCCCCGAACUCGUGGACGAGUUACCUCGGCCUGUGUCUUUAGCGCCACGCGACGUCCAAGCCGCCGCCGCCAAAGCUGCUCAAAUGAACAAAUUCGAUUCCCAAUCACCGUCUUCCACUUCCAUAUCCACUUCGGCACUGUCAUCUUCGUCCUCGGUAUCGUCUCUGGUUUCUCAGGUGGACUUGUCUUCAGGGUCAGACGAGUUAAGCGAGAUAGUCGAGCUGCCUAGCCUCGGGACGAGUUACGACGGGACGAAGAAAGAGUUCGUUUUCAUGGACUUGGUGGACUGCUGGCUUUACCCUCCGCCAUGGCUGCAAAACAUGGAAGACUGUGGGUAUGUUUGUGAUCAAUUACUACCGCCGGAAAGCAUUUUACAAAAAUGGUUUGAAGAAUCUUAAUUUGCUAUGGGAUUAUUAGUGUUUUUGGUUGUGAUUUGUGAC